CUGUCGUCGAGCCGCCGCGCGUCGCCGCUGUGCAUCUUGAGCUUGCACCUGUGCUGUUCUUACGCCGCAGAGUAUCCACACGUGUGGUACGAGGCCGCCUUUCAUACGUACGGCUUGCCACAGCCCACCAGGUAGCCCACAGCCAAGACGCCAGUCGCCGCGCCGCAAAACACGAUGGCCGAAGCAGAGGAAGAGCAACCGGACAACGGCUUCGGCUUACAACGAGUCGUCAUGAUCUUCCUCAUCACGCAGUCCAUGACGCGCCUACUCUUCGGCGCGCCGCAAACCGCCCCGGGCGCGCCAAUCGAGGAGCGCGAACCGUCCGACUUCGAGAAGUGGGCCAAGUCCAAAAUGCCGGAGCAGCCGCCGCCGGCGCCGCGCUUCGCGUCGCACGAUAUGGACGGUGUGCGGCUGCCGCCUCAUAUGAAUACGUGGGGCGAGCGCCAUCGUUUCUGGCUGCACGCGUUUUACGGCUGUUCGAACGCUACUGAUGAUUUGACGGCGUUGUGGUCCGAAGGUGAUCUGGACUACUCCUUCGACUCUAGUAAUGCUAGGACUGUGACCCUGCAGCUGUGGCGGCACAACGCGUCCGAGUGCCUACAAAGGGUGUGGAAUAACCAAACUAUAUAUUUACACCUCUUCGCGACGGCCAAUGAGACGUGCUGCUCUACGUACGACAUGCACUCCGUCCACGAACUGACGACGUACAAGCAACUCCCGCGAGGAAAGAAGGGCCGGUCGCUGCUCGACGAAGCGGCAGAGGAAGCUGAAUAUGACGACCGCCCCGUGAUCCACUGGAAGCCUUCAUUAGAUGUGCGCAUACCGAUGCUGCCGCCCCAGUUCCCGAGGGGCGGCAUUCCCGACCCCAUCAGUCGUUUAUUGACCUUCGACAAUAGUGGAGACUACCUCCCCCCGCUCCACAAGGACGAGUUCUGGCUCCUCCACAAGUUGCUCGUGCCGGUCAACGACACGGUAGAAGCGUUAAAUCUGACGUGUUCCUUCGAGAUCGAUGGAACGAUCAAGUAGCGACUCGGCGCAGAAAAUGAACUUGAAUCGCCGCGACGCCGUCGACGCGGCCGCCAGAGAGUCGUUCCCACGCAGGUGGCAGCUCAAGUCCUCGAUGGAGCAGUCCUGGCGGCAGCAGGCCAAGCUCGGCAUGGGGAGCGAUGGAGAGAACGACAUGCUGCGGGAGAUGCUCCUGGAAACGCAGCCCUGGGUGCUCGUGGUCACUUUUAUCGUAUCCAUACUUCACACAGUCUUUGAGUUCCUCGCGUUCCGCAACAACGUCUCUUUUUGGAGGAAUAAAAAGACGCUCGUUGGUCUUAGCGCUCGGACCAUCGCCUGGAACGCCCUCUGCCAACUUAUAGUGAUGCUGUAUCUCCUAGAUAACGAUACGUCGUGGAUGGUCCUGUUCUCGAGUGGUAUGGGUUUGUUAACAGAAAUCUGGAAGCUCACCAAAGCUGUGACGUGGGAGAACGGUUCCAUACGACUGGAGGAGUCCUACGCCGAGAGCCCGACGAAGGCCUACGACGACGUGGCUACAAGUCACUUAAUGUACUCGUUGGCGCCGCUCCUCGUAGGCUACUCUUGUUAUUCACUAGUCACGGACCUCCACAAGGGCUGGUACUCGUGGCUCGUGUCGUCGGCUGUGGGUUUUAUUUACGCCUUCGGUUUUGUCAUGAUGACGCCGCAGCUGUACAUUAAUUAUAGAUUAAGAUCUGUGGCGCAUCUGCCGUGGCGGGCCAUGGUCUACAAAUCUCUCAACACAUUUAUCGAUGAUAUUUUUGCAUUUAUCAUCAAGCAGCCGACCCUUCGUCGAUUAGCUUGUCUCAGAGAUGACGUGAUUUUUCUGGCGACGUUGUAUCAGCGGUGGAUUUAUCCGAUCGAUAAAUCGAGGAUCAACGAGUUCGGCCAGGGUGGUGAUGAGGACGCGGAUGAAGUGGACGCGCGGAAGCUUGCCGCGGCGGAGCGGCCUCUGGCGGUGCUCGAUCGCGUGGAGCCGGCGGAGGCGCCCGCUUCGUAGUUGUGUUAUAUACAUAAUGUCUUAAACUAGUCAC